AUCUUUGGGAUUGACUCCGCUGUAAGCCUCUGGUUUGCCUCAGUACCGCUCUGUGUCUGGGAUAGAUAAGGAUACGCGCACUGUGGUGGAGGUUUUUCGCGCCCAUUCGUAAUUUGAAAUUCAAAUAGUGUCGGGAAAAUGUAUCGCACUCAUUGGAAUCGCAAACGAAUCUGUUAUCUCGCGGUCAUACUGAUUCUACUUUGGUUCCUAUUCCGCGGCGGUUAUAACGAUUAUGAAAUCACCGGAAUAAUUGAAAAUACAAAUCCGAAAGAUGUUUGGGAGUUUGUCGCUGACUUCAGCAAAAUGAUGAUAUUGAAUCCAACAAUCAUAAGCUUCAAGAUAACAGACGAUAGCGGAAACUACGAACACUGGAAAUAUUCAGUGAUCUAUAAAGAGCGGUUAUCACAUUGGCCCUACUGGGAAAACGUUGGCAUGGCCGAUUAUUCAGUUCGCUAUGAACAAGCAGCUUCCACAGAAAUCUACAUAGUCGCCUCGAAGCACACAACGUGUUUCCUCGCCGGCUUCUACUGUUUAUCAUCGGAAGGCGACUUCCGGUUCGCAGCCAAUGGUUCGGAUACGUUCUGCCGUGAGAAGGUGAGAUACCAAUGCCCACCCUUCUUUGGACGAAUGUGCCGGCGCGAAGUUGAGUUUCAGCGGAAUGCAAUAAUGGAGAAUUUGAAAAAGCAUUUUAGAGAUAAAACUGAAUGAAAAGAUUGUAGAUUGAUUGUAAUUAGAUAAAAUAUAUAUUUUCAUAGAAUCUCGAAUGUAAUCUCGCACCUCUUUAAAGUAUUUUAAAAUAUAUUAUUAGUUUU